CUCUGGAAACAUUCUUCGCUUUUCAUCCACAUUCUGCUCUCUCUAUCUUGCCUCGCCUCCCUUUCCUCACCUGCUGGUCUCUGAGCUGCGCAGGUACAUCUGCCAAACUGAGCCAAGCCAAGCCGAGCUAGACCAAACCUCUCUCCAGUCGCUAUGGAUAUUGCCAUCCAGCACCCUUGGUUCAGACGUGCCAUGGGCUCUGUCUACCCCGCCCGACUCUUUGACCAGUUUUUUGGAGAGGGCAUGUUUGACUACGACCUCUUCCCCUACACCACCUCCUCCAUCAGCCCCUAUUACAGACAGUCACUGUUCCGCAGCUUUUUGGAUUCUUCCAACUCCGGCAUCUCUGAGGUGAGGUCUGACAGGGAUAAGUUCACAGUCUACCUGGACGUCAAGCACUUCUCUCCUGAUGAGCUCAGUGUGAAGGUCACUGACGACUACAUGGAGAUCCAGGGCAAACAUGGGGAAAGACAGGACGACCACGGUUACAUCUCUCGUGAGUUUCACCGCCGCUACCGCCUCCCUUCCAACGUUGACCAAUCAGCAAUCACCUGCACCCUAUCAGCUGAUGGUCUGCUGACUCUGACCGGGCCAAAGGUCUCUGGGGGGAGUGAGUCCGGGCGCAGCGAGCGCAGCAUCCCCAUCACCCGUGAUGAAAAGACCAACGCUGCUCCAUCCUCCUAGAGGCCGAGCGGUGGGAGUUGAUCAGGGGUGCUGGAGGGGCUCGACUCUCCUACCACCUGCAUCGACCGGGAUGGACAACCACAGAAUCUUCCACCCCUUGGCUUCUUCUUCUCCCUUUCCCCGAGAGGAUAUCUGCGUCCUCCUCACUUCACUUUCUCCUCUGUAGAUUCUUCGUAGCACACUCUCACAGUAUUAUUAGUAUAAUUGUUUUGAGCUUAAUAUAAAUCUCCCCAUGAGGAUGGUUAAGUGAGGGGCAGAGGAAGUUUUUUAGUCGCAAACUCAUCUACGGACGAGACAUUCACAUAGCCUACGCUUCAUUCUGCUGAUUGUUGUUUGAUGUGUGUCAGAGCGAGCCCUCUGACUGUACAGAUGGUUAAGCUUGGAGGUAAAUGUCACACAUGUCUUGUCCCAGAUUUUCCCAUCAGUGAAGCUCUCUGAAGCCCUGGCUGCUUCCAUUCUUGUCCUCACUCUCUGAAUCCUCUCCUCUCUUGUCUUAAAUAUAUCCUGUACUGUAGUCUAGGCCUUGUUCAAUGGAUGCCCGCUCAUUACUCCAUUCUCCAAGUCCAUACUAAAGAAACAUACAAUA